AUGGAGACAGCAAUAGGGAUUACCUUACAAGGUUAUGAAGAUUUGAUUAUUUUUGUGAAUGCACGUCGGGGCUGGGGCUGGCCGGUCCGCCCCGUGGUCUUCUCGGGGGUGCGGACCGAGGUGGCGUGGCGUGGCCGGGACCUGGCCUGCCUUCCCCUGCCUGCACGUCGCUUGGGCUGUCGGUCCCGCGCGGCUCGAGCUACUUCCACUUUCUCCCUCGGGUCGUCCUCCUGCGCUUCCAAUGAACAGGAAGGGCGAGGGAAGUUCGAGUGCAUUUCUUUUGGCCGGGGAGCAUGUCAACGUUUGACAUCACCAUUCUUUUUGGUUGCUUCCAGAGAUUAUCUUGAACAUAUAACAUCCAUUGGCCCCAGGACUACAGGAAGUCCAGAAAAUGAAAUUCUGACAGUACAUUACCUUUUGGAACAGAUUAAACUGAUUGAAGUACAAAGCAGCAGCCUUCACAAGAUUUCAGUGGACGUACAACGGCCUACAGGCUCCUUUAGCAUUGACUUCUUGGGAGGUUUUACAAGCUACUAUGACAAUAUCACCAAUGUUGUGGUAAAGUUGGAACCAAGAGAUGGAGCCCAACAUGCUGUCCUGGCUAACUGUCAUUUUGAUUCAGUAGCAAAUUCACCAGGUGCCAGUGAUGAUGCAGUUAGCUGUUCAGUGAUGUUGGAAGUUCUUCGAGUUUUAUCAACAUCUUCAGAAGCCUUACACCAUGCUGUGGUAUUUCUCUUCAAUGGUGCUGAGGAAAAUGUCCUGCAAGCCAGUCAUGGUUUCAUUACUCAGCACCCCUGGGCAAGCUUAAUUCGUGCAUUUAUUAACCUGGAGGCAGCAGGUGUGGGAGGGAAAGAACUUGUGUUCCAAACAGGUCCUGAAAAUCCUUGGUUGGUUCAAGCUUAUGUUUCAGCAGCUAAACACCCUUUUGCUUCUGUGGUGGCUCAAGAGGUUUUCCAGAGUGGAAUCAUUCCUUCAGAUACGGACUUUCGUAUCUAUAGAGAUUUUGGGAACAUUCCAGGAAUAGAUUUAGCUUUUAUUGAGAACGGAUACAUUUAUCACACGAAGUAUGACACAGCAGAUAGAAUUCUAACAGAUUCUAUUCAGAGAGCAGGUGACAAUAUUUUAGCAGUCCUUAAAUAUCUAGCUACAUCUGAUAUGCUAGCUUCUUCAUCUGAGUAUCGACAUGGAAACAUGGUCUUUUUUGAUGUUCUUGGCCUGUUUGUCAUUGCCUACCCAUCCCGUAUUGGCACAAUCAUAAACUACAUGGUAGUAAUGGCAGUUGUUUUGUAUCUGGGCAAAAAAUUGUUGCAGCCCAAAUAUAAGAAUUUUAACUACACAAAGGACUUCUUGUGUGGACUUGCCAUCACUCUCAUUAGCUGGUUUACUAGCCUUGUAAUGGUUCUCAUUGUAGCAGUGUUGGUCUCUCUUACUGGACAGUCUCUCUCAUGGUAUAACCACUUCUAUGUUUCCGUUUGUCUGUAUGGGACCGCAGCUAUACUCAAAAUAAUAUUCAUACAUACGCUUGCAAAAAGAUUUUAUUAUGUGAAUGUCAGUGACCAGUACCUGGGAGAAGUGUUUUUUGAUGUCUCACUGUUUGUGCAUUGUGGUUUUCUCAUAACUCUCACUUACCAAGGAUUUUGCUCAGCAUUCAUUAGUGCUGUUUGGGUAGUGUUUCCAUUGCUCACAAAGCUUUUUGUGCCCAAGGACUUUAAGCAGCAUGGUACCCAAGGAAAAUUUAUUGCCCUUUACCUUUUGGGAAUGUUUAUUCCUUACAUCUAUGCACUAUACCUCAUCUGGGCAGUAUUUGAGAUGUUUACCCCUAUCCUUGGGAGAAGUGGUUCAGAAAUUCCACCUGAUGUUGUGCUGGCAUCCAUUUUGGCUGGUUGUACGAUGGUGCUCUCUUCCUAUUUUAUUAACUUCAUCUACCUUACCAGAAGCACAAAAAAAACUAUGCUCACUCUAACUUUGGUAUGUACAGUUACAUUCCUCCUUGUUUGCAGUGGAACUUUUUUCCCAUAUAGCUCCAAUCCUGCUAAUCCAAAGCCAAAGAGAGUGUUCCUACAGCAUAUGACUAGAACAUUUCACAACUUGGAAGGAAACAUAGUUAAAAGAGAUUCUGGAAUAUGGAUCAAUGGUUUUGAUUAUACCGGAAUGUCUCAUAUAACACCUCACAUUCCUGAGAUCAAUGACACAGUCCGAGCUCACUGUGAGGAGAAUGCUCCCCUCUGUGGUUUCCCAUGGUAUCUUCCAGUGCACUUUCUCAUCAGAAAAAACUGGUAUCUUCCUGCCCCAGAAGUUUCGCCAAGAAAUCCACCUCAUUUCAGACUUAUAUCCAAAGAACACACACCAUGGGAUUCUAUAAAGUUGACCUUUGAAGCAACAGGGCCAAGCCAUAUGUCAUUCUAUGUUCGAACCCACAAAGGAUCAACACUUUCUCAGUGGUCACUUGGCAAUGGCACCCCAGUCACAAGCAAAGGAGGGGACUACUUUGUAUUUUACUCCCAUGGACUUCAGGCGUCUGCAUGGCAGUUCUGGAUAGAAGUGCAGGUCUCAGAAGAACAACCUCAAGGAAUGGUCACUGUGGCCAUUGCUGCUCAUUAUCUAUCUGGGGACGACAAGAGAUCCUCUCAACUGGAUGCACUAAGUAAAAAGUUUCCAGAUUGGACAUUUCCCUCCUCCUGGGUGUGCACCUAUAGUCUCUUUGUGUUUUAAUAUUGUGGAUGAGCUCUGAGCACCUGCCUGGUGAAUAUUUCAUGUGGCACAGUUACUUUCCAUGUAACAUGGAUGUUUGUUGAUGUAAGUUAUUGAAUUUUAAUGAGUCUAUGUUGAAAAAGCUUUGGUUAACACUUUUUAGGCCCAAGCACUGUAUUAUGGGAUAAAUCAUGAAACAGUGAUGCAUGGCCUUUUUGACACUUGAAAAUGCCUGUUUUUCUGGCACAUGUGGGUAAUUGCCACUACAUGAGUCAUUUUAUAUGAAGCCAGCAAAUUCCUUUUACUUCCAGACUCAAGGAAGAUGUAGACUUGUCAGAUUACUGUUAAUGAGAUAAGCAUCAUUUUCCACUUAAUGCUCAUUCUUUGUAUCACAGGGUAGUAAGUGAAUACCAUUCAUUGCUAUAACUAAUGACCUCCCAAUGAGAUCUAACUCUGCAAAUCACUAGACAAAGAUUGCCAUAGGACUGCAGAAGAAGCAUUGAACCUCAGCAGCUCUAAAGCUGUAUUUCUUUAGGCAACUUCUUGUUCCUUUUUUUACUGAAUAUAAAUCUUUUUUUUUAACUGAAUGUAGAUCUCUGAGAUGACCUGGUGUUCCGAGUUAUCUUCAAGUUUCUCCCUCACCAAGUUGAGAAGGGUACAUUCUUCUAGCUGUAUUUCCUUCUACAUUUUUACAGGCGGGCUCAGAAAAUUGUGCAAGUACAGGAAAGAAAUUUCCUUCCUUAGAACACUUGAGUUGCCAGUGUGGGUAUUCUGUAGUGGAAGGGCAAGAAGAUCAGGAAUAGUGGACAUUUUAUAAAUAUCUUCAUUUCAUAGGAGUUUUCUAUUAUACAAAGUUAAUCCUAAUUUAGGAUAUAAUUUUAUUAAUGUACUGGGUUCUUUUAUUUUGUAGUCAAUUGAUUGAAUAAUUUCUCAGUAACUUACUGUGUAAUAGAACUGGCUUCUCUAAGACUUGUACAAGAUGAAAUCAGUGUACAGAUAAGUAUUAAGAUCUUGCAUGAUGGCAGUGGUAAGGUCUGAUAGGUGCUUUUCUUUUUGAAGACAGGAAUGUAGCAUGCGAGGUGUAAUAUAGCAAUGCCUUUCUUGGCUUCUAGGUUCAUCUGAUAGGAUUUGGUGAGAUCAAUGGUAAAUUAUGCUGUUUCUUUUCCCCAUUAAGAGAUGUAAAAAGUUACAUUGAUUUUGAGUUAGUCAGCAUAGGCCAAAGUUAGAAAGAAAAGCCAUAGACUUCUCAGGUGAUACGGAAAUGAGAAGUGUUUUUUUAAAAAGUAGCCUUUCACUCUGUCCGAACAGCAAGAGCAUGGUCAAAUGCAUAGCUUAUGUGACUUGGAUAAUGUGUUUUCUUAAUUGUGCUCCUAAUAUUGCCUGAUUUAUGACUCUUAAAAACUGGGCCCAGGCAAACAGCAGUGCUGAGGGAUAGACAACAUAUUACCUGACUAGCAGUGCACAUAGGAAUCACUGCUUUUCCUGGACUUUGUGGAAAUCUUACCAGUCUCAAGUGCUUCAAGUGUCUGGCUUCUGCAAAAUACAUCUGUUAGCACAGCACAAAUUUUGCAGGGUUUAUGGUAUUUAAAAAGUCAUUAUUUAUAGAGAAAAACUGGUAAUAUCUCAAUGAAUUUCAAUAUACAGGCACAUAUUCUUUCUCUGUGGUUAAUAUGGAAUAUAUGACAAGAAAUAAAAGUAAGGCAUCAUGUUGAAGACACUAUGAAUAUGAAGUUCUCUGACUUUUUACUUUUUAAAAAGAAAAGUUCACCUUUUCUUUUUAAUGAUCAUGGUUUACCUUUGGCUUCUCAAUCAAAACAAUUCUCUAUCAAAACAAUUGUUUUGAUUUUUUUUUAGCAUCAUGAACCUUUAAUACUGUGCAGUCAGUGACAAGGUAUUCAGUCUCAGGUCAUGCUAAUAGUCUGAAAGGCUUUAGUGUCAGAAAUGGUAAUUAAACACAAUAUUCAUGGCUGUCAAUAAGCACACUUCCUAUCAUUAGCUACUGAGAUUUAACUUGUUAACCACCCCUCACUCUUUAAAAGAUUAUGACUUACUCAUUUCUAAAAGGGUCUUUUUAAAAGUACUAGCAAAUAAAUGUGUUUUCCCCACUAGAGAAUCUAAAUUUAACAGCACAGUACUGCAUAUUCAAGGAAAGUGAAAAAUUGUGGUUUCAAAGUAGCUCUUUAAGUGUUUGUUUCCACAUUUUAGUGGAUAUGAAUAAGUGUAUUAGGAUUCCUUGAAGUAUCAACAUAAAGGGAGCUACAAGCCAACCUGCUGAUUCAGGAAGAACAAGUGUGUAUGUCUGUUUCUUUUACUGGUUUGAUGACAUGUUAAUUGUUGCCUUAAAAUGUUACUGAAAUAAAUUUUAACAUAUUUGUUGUA